CCCGAUGCUGCGGUUCCGUCCGCCCUGGCUUUCGUUCAGCGCUGCCGCCACACCUGGGAGAAAGUCAGGAUGGUUUUGGUCCGAACCUCAGGACGAACCAAGGCAGCAGCCGAUCGUCGCCGGUCCUCUCCUCCAACCUAUGUGUGCGGUCAACGGGUAUGGCUUUCUACCAAGGAUCUGCCUCUCCGGGCGCCUUCUCGUAAGCUGGCGCCCAGAUUCAUUGGGCCGUACCGUAUCACCAAGGAGAUUGCUCGACGAGCAACGCCGCGGGAGAGGCUUUCAGUAUCUCGUGGACUGGGAGGGUUAUGGUCCAGAGGAGAGAUGCUGGGUGCCGUCCCGGGACAUUCUGGACCGUUCGUUGAUCGAGGACUUCCGUCGGCGACGAGGCUCCAGUGCUCGUUGCUGCUAGUUAAGAUUCUGUGCGCUCAGAUUCCUGUGGGCUCCCUUGGCUUCCGCCGUUCCUGGGUCUUUGCAGACUCGCUAGUGGAUCACUCUACCUCUCGCUCGGGAUAGCGAACAGCCUUGCCGGCUCCGUCUCCUCUGCCGCUGUUGUGGCUUGCUCCAGCCGCUACCAUCCACCCAGCUGUCCCAGAAUGAGCUGGCAGGAAAAGGGUUAGGAAUUUGUGGUGAGCUCAUCACAUUAGAGAUCAUGUCACCAGAUGUGUGUGACCUCACACUGAUCGAUCUGCCUGGAAUCGCCCGAGUGCCAGUAAACGGACAACCAGAGGAUAUUGGAAAACAGAUAAAACGUCUGAUCAUGAAAUAUAUUAACAAACGUGAGACUAUAAACCUGGUAGUGGUCCCUUGUAACACUGACAUUGCAACAACAGAAGCCUUAAAAAUGGCACAAGAAGUAGAUCCUGAUGGCAAAAGAACUGUUGCCAUUUUGACCAAGCCAGACCUCAUAGACAAGGGAACAGAGAAGAGCGUUCUGGCUAUUGUCAACAAUGAAGUGAUUCCUCUCCGCAAAGGUUACAUUAUGGUGAAGUGUAGAGGACAACAGCAGAUUGAUGAUGAAAUUCCUCUGGAGGAGGCAGUACAAACGGAGAGAGAUUUCUUCCAAAACCAUGACUAUUUCAGAUGCCUCUUGGAACUGGAAAAAGCAACUAUUAAAUGUCUUGCCGUCAAACUGACUCAGGAUCUUGUGGAUCAUAUCAAAAAAUCACUGCCACAGCUCCAGGAGCAGAUAAAAAAGCAGUUGUGGAAUGUGAAGAAACCACUUAAGGACUGUGAGCAUGGACCUCCAGAAGAUCUUGAUGGAGCCAAAGAAUUCCUCAUUAAAACCUUAAAUGGAUUCAAUGAGAAAAUCAAGUCUCUGUCAUCAGGAGAGCCAUCGACUGAGAAAAAUAUGUUUGCCCAGCUUCGUGCUGAAUUCAAGAAGUGGAAUGAUUAUCUUAACAGUACAAAGACAUCCUUUCACAAUUCAAAAGAGUCGAGCGAGAAUCUCAGAGGGAGCGAACUGCCCGGCUUCAGCAACUACAGAACGUUUGAGAAGAUUCUGCAGGACCAUGUGGCUGAACUUAAGGAUCCAGCCAUGGAUUUACUCAAUGCCAUAAAAGACAUUGUCAUCGAGAAAUUCACUGACGUGGUGAGUGAGUGUUUCCAGAACUACCGUGUCCUUCAAAACAUCAUUACGGACAAAAUCAACAACAUUCAGUUAACCCAACUAGAAAAGGCAGAGCAGAGGAUCUCAGAGCAGUUUAAAAUGGAAAACAGAAUCUACACUCAAGAUCCCAUUUAUCUGAAGAUCUUGAGUGAGAUUACAAAUGAGACUUUUUCAGAAAUGGAGUUACCUGUCUUUGACAAACGAUGCAGUUACGAUCAUAUGAUGAAGGCAUAUUAUGAGAUUGUAGUGCAGAGGAUUGCUGACCAACUGCCCUUGAUGAUCACCUUUUACAUGUUGCAGGAGACUGCUCAGGUCCUGACUAUUGACACAAUGAAAUUACUGGAAAAGCCAGAUGUGCAUGAGCUCCUGUCCGAGGACUCUGAUGUCAGCAAAAGACGCAGAGACCUAAGAGCUCGUCUGAAUCGUUUGACUUCUGCUGAAGAAGCAAUUAGCAAAUUUUUUAAUUACUAGAGGAUAUCCUACAUCUAAUGUAUCUUCUAUCCAAAAAUCCAUUUACCACACUUGUUAAAGGAGAAGAAUUCGACAACUUAACCCAUAAAACUUUCUUCAGCUUAAUACUUUUUCCCCCAGUUUCACAGACAAGGCUUAAGCCAAUAGUCCCAGACUAAAAUGUAUGAGCUGUUUUAACUGAAAGAAACUUGCACUGAUGAUUGAUCUUUAAACAUGUCAGUGCCUUUGUUUUGUCUCAAGAUGCACACCAGCAAUGUUUUUUUUUCCUAAGGCACAUUUAGAAAAAUGACUAAAUGUCCUAAUUGAACUAUGGCCUAAUCCUGACAUAGUCUUAUCCCUUUCUGUGAAACCAGGCUCAUGAUUAUUAUAAUAUAUACACACAUUAACCUGCAUCUUAUGCUAUUCGAUUUUUCCAUGUUGUUUACCAAAGCAGUACUUUGUGUCCAAGCCACAUCUAUGGACUAAAGUAGGGCAGAUAUCUACAUUUUGUUUUCUAAAUCAACUAAAAGUGUCAGUGCUUUACCUACAGUACUAUAUUUUUUAUUACUUUGUGAUCUGUUGAAAA